GUCAAAGUGUAAUAUGGCGGAGAACAUUGCCACAGCGGCUCCGAGCCCGCGAGGGCUUGCGGACGGCGAGGAUGCGGGUUCCCCGGAGGAGCGGAUGGCGGAAACGGCGAGAGAUGGUCAGGAGCAGUUUGAGUGCCAGGAACUGCUCGAGUGCCAGGUGCAGUUGGGGGCCCCUGAGGAGGAGGAGGACGCGGGCCUGGUGGCUGAGGCCGAGGCGGUAGCUGCCGGCUGGAUGCUCGAUUUCCUCUGCCUGUCUCUUUGCCGGGCCUUCCGUGACGGCCGCUCGGACGACUUCCACCGCACCCGCGACAGCGCCGAGGCUAUUAUUCAUGGAUUGUCCAGUCUAACAGCUUAUCAACUGAGAACUAUAUACAUAUGUCAGUUUUUGACAAGAAUUGCAGCCGGAAAAACCCUUGAUGCACAGUUUGAAAGUGAUGAACGAAUUACACCCUUGGAAUCAGCCCUGAUGAUUUGGGCAUCAAUUGAAAAGGAACAUGACAAGCUUCAUGAAGAAAUACAGAAUUUAAUUAAAAUUCAGGCUAUAGCUGUUUGCAUGGAAAAUGGAAAUUUUAAGGAAGCAGAAGAAGUCUUUGAAAGAAUAUUUGGUGACCCAAAUUCUUAUACGCCUUUAAAAAGGAAAUUGCUUAUGAUAAUCUCUCAGAAAGAUACAUUCCAUUCCUUUUUUCAACACUUCAGCUACAACCACAUGAUGGAGAAAAUUAAGAGUUAUGUGAAUUAUGUGCUAAAUGAAAAAUCAUCAACCUUUCUAAUGAAGGCAGCAGCAAAAGUAGUGGAAAGUAAAAGAGCAAGAACAACAGCUUCUCAAGAUAAACCUAAUAGUAAUGAUAUUGAAUUGGAAGCUGAAGCUAAUUUGGAUAUAGGAAAAAGUGUUAGUGACAAACAGUCUGCGGUAACUGAAUCCUCAGGGGAUACAGUAUCCUUAUUGAGGUCUCACAAAAAUCUCUUCUUAUCUAAGUUAAAACAUGGAAACCGACAACAAGAUGUUAAUAAGAAAGAGGAAAGAGUGGAAACUCUUCAAAGUGGAAGAAAGAAAAAAGAGAACAGUAGGCGAGCCACUGAAAGCAAGAGAAUAAGUGUUUUAAACAGUCAGCCUCUAACUCCUGAAAAACAUCGAUCUAGAAAAAAACAGGCGUGGAUUUGGGAAGAAGACAAGAAUCUGAGAUCUGGCGUGCGGAAAUACGGAGAAGGAAAUUGGUCUAAAAUACUAUCACAUUAUAAAUUCAACAACCGAACAAGCGUCAUGUUGAAAGACAGAUGGAGGACUAUGAAGAAGCUGAAGCUGAUAUGCUCGGACAGUGAAGACUGAGUGUGUUUGCAGAGCCUGAUGAGACGACAGUUAAACAUUUUGAUCACUGCAUUUUGCUUGAAACUUGGUGGUCAUUAAUGUAGCUUAAGAUUUUGUUUAAAGCAUUACAGUAUUUUUCUGCGGCACAGUCAUUUAAUAUGAGGAUUUGUGCUGUAAGAGCAAGAUUAUAUACCAUCAUUGUAUUCUUUAAGAAUCUUUUCACUCUGAUAAAAAAAUAAACAUUUUGAACCCUAGUGCUUUCAUAACUCCUACCUCCAAACCCUGUUCCAAUAAAAAAAGUGCAAGCCUGGUAAGAGAAAAAAUAUAUUGCUGUUAACCUAUUCUGUGUCUGUGGGCUGAUUUCAACUCCAUGACACACAUAAAAGUGAAGUUUCUAAAUCAGUGAAUAGGCCUUUGACAUAAGGAGUAAUGAUUUGACUUAUGGCCUUAAUAUAUUAAUUACUAAGAUAUUUGCUUAUAGAAUGAUAAAUGUACAAAGUAAUCUGUGAGUUAUACUUAAAUUUUUCUUUUGGUAGUUUCAUAUAAAGGAAAAAACUUGAAAAUAGUAAUACCCAUAGGACAGUUUAUACUACUACUAAGAAUAGCUUAUGUCUCAUUUAAGUACAUUUGAUUUUUGUUCUAGUGUUAAAACUUUGACAAAGGUGGUUUUAAAUAAAGCUUUGUAACCUGGUACCAUAAA